AACGUAAGACUCGUUAGGUCAUUCGACCUAAACCGGAGUUAGGGAGACGAAAAAAAACCCUCAAUUCUUGCAUUUGUUCAUCGGCUUCCUCUUCUUCGAUGGAUGAGAAAUUGGCAACAUCAGCUUCGAUAAUUCCGAAACGAGCGUCUAUUAAAUCCCAACCGGAUUUCGAUUACUCUAUCCGCAAGCAGAAGCUCAGAGAAAGUUGCUUCAGGAGAGUUAGAGAAGAAAGGACACGCCUGCUGUGGAAAUUGAGACACUCUGAUUGUCAGUCUUCAAAUCACAAGGAGAUUAUCAAUUCUGCUUUCCAGGACAUUGUUUCUGAUGAAUUAAAAAUGAUUGAGGAUUCCCAUGAUAUAUUAUGGGAAUAUGAAGGCCCAGAAGAUGCUUAUAAAGGUGAUAGUGAAGAGAUAUUGCUAGAAAUGCAACAUAUGUUUUACAAUGAUUUGAUUACAGAAACUACCAUAAACGGAUCAUAUGUUCAAGCUGAAACAUGGGAUGACGAGGAAGAUAAGUACUUGGCGACCUUAGUUUCUCAGAACAUGCUUUUAAACAGUGAUCAGGGGCCAAACCAGAUAUGGUGUCCGAUCUGCAAGCAAGGGGAGGUUAUGGAGAAUCACCGACAUAUCUAUUGCAGCAUGUGUGAGAUGCAGCUGAUCAAAGGCGAAGAGGUUAAUCUGAACAUUCUGCAAGAACGGUUAGCGGAAUUGCACGCUGAACAUUUUGAGAGAGGAUGCAGAUUGAAACCAAAGUUCAAUGUUCAGAGUCUCUAUAAUUUGAAGGCGUUGUACAUCACAUGUGAAGCUUGUAGUACCUUUGAGGUCGUUGUAUAAGUUCUAACGUAAAUGAGUCGGUUUAAAAAUUCUAACGUAAAGUAAGCAUAUUUGUUGGUUCAUUUUGUAGUAUGUUGGGCUAUGCUGCCUUUAUAACAAUAUUUAAAGGUCCAGCAUUAAACCGGGACACUCUCCAAAUUUCAUUCAAUCACGUAUUGGUAUAGUUAUGUUAACC